AUGGCCCGCUGUGUUGACGAUGCUGCCUGGAAGGAGCAUGUGCGUCGACUCCAGAAGUCAGAAAUAGCCAGGACAGGUGACCUCGAAGUCAUCAUCGACAAGGACAACCCUUACGCCUCGGGGCCAACGCCCUACUUUGCGCGAGGCCUCCCUAGCAGCUUUCUCAACGACUCGUCGAAGACGCGGAUGCUCUUGGCACCUGCGACGGAUCCAGGCCGCUGGCACGCCUGGCAGAGUACCGGCCGGCAAGCAGGCGUCCGACCCAGGGCACCAGCAGCUCCCAAGGAGCUUGCAGAGCGACUUCUGCCGGAAUCCACGGCGAUGAGGCGACCGUCCACGACAGGGGUCGACAUGACGACGCCGCGGCUACCCUCCUGCGCUUCGUCCCUUCGCACGGACACUUCUUUCCUGCCCGCGACGCCCAGGCGUCGGGUACAAG